UCAGUAACUACGUCCUGCCAAGGAUGUUGUACGAAAUGUAACUAUUAUUUAAGUGUAACAUUUAUCAAUGUAAUUGUAAGUUAAGGAAACAUCAAACAAAUAUGGCGUGUAAAACUUCUUACGAACUACAUCAUAACUUCCCUAGAUUAGCGGAGGAGACAGGAUUUGCCUUCAAUACACAUAGACCGCGGAUUCACAUAGACUGGAAUAAGAUUAGACUAAUCGAUAUUGAUAGUUUAACAAGAGACCGGAAAUUCGCCCUGUUAGAACAGCAUGUGAACGACAUUUUGGACUGCGUAUUGGAGUCAGAAUUUGACGUCCGAAUACUUGACGAAGGUGUGGUGAAACUGUUCCGAUUGGCUCAGCUGGCCGUGGAGUAUCAGCAGUUCUGCCGGCACUACCUCGACCGCAGCGUGUUUGUGCUGCGACAAGAGAUUGAUACGCUUGCACAGGAACUGGCUAACGCGAAAAAGGAUUUACAAGAAAAAGAAGACGAACUUAGAAAAUCACGAAGAAAAGGUAAACCUCACUACAAACCCCUUCUUCCUUAUGGGAACGAUAAUAUUGCGGCAAUGAUAUUAAAAACCCUCACUAAUAAAGCAGACAUCUUCCCGUCGACUGCGGGCGGCGAAGUCCCACAGUACAACAAAUGCCACUUAUGUGAUAAAGUUUUUUUGAACCAACUUUACCUUAAAAGUCACAUUUCUAGGAGACAUGCGAAGCUUUUAGAUGACCUUCCGGAAAUACACGUAAAGCAAACUGAACCCACAGAAGUUAAUAAAAUUGGCAGUGAAAGUAAUAAGCUCAAUGAAGAGAUAAACCAACUAAAAAUGAAAAUAAAAGAAAUGGAAGUUUUAAUAACUAAUAAUAAUAAAGUUUUGAUAGACAGUGAAGUGAUAAAAACCAAUGAGAGCGUUGAGAGUGACAAAUCUAAAGAAAUGAGAGAUGUCGGGGUUUACGCUAAUAACGAUGACGUGUUUAAAAAACUCGAAGAAUGGAAAAAAGCAGAACAAGCCAAUCACACUAAAGAGAUCGAUAUGUUACGUAAUCAAAUAUUCGAAACAUUAAAUAGUUUGAAAGUGAAGGAAAUUGAAAAACCUAAUGAAAGUGACAAAUCAGUUAUCGAAAAACUACAUAAGACAAUUAAAGAUCAGGGCGCAGAAAUACUAUCAUUGCAGCAGGCACUUACUCAAACAAAAAUGAAAAGUGAUAAUGAUGACAUGGAACGUAAAAAAGAUAUUGAGGGACAAAUGUUACACUGGGUGCGGCGGGACGAAGCUCAAUCAAAGCAGUACGAAAUGCUGGUUCAGAAACUAAACGAAGUAGCGAAGGAAGCGCGGGAAUCACGAGCAGCGGCCGAGGCGGAGCGCCAGCGAGCAGGACAACUGGAGGCUCUACUGAAGGAACGCCUGUGUCACACGCAUGCCAGCGGCUCCUCAGACGGCGGUUCGGUUUCCAAUACACAGGAAGAAUGCGAUGAUACAGAUCCAAUAAACGAACCAAAAAUGAUUAAGCCACCAAACCCGGCCGUGAAGGAUAAUAGCUUAGAGCAGCUACAUCGUAAAGCUCAAGAACUACUAAACAUGGACUCGAGCAGUACAUCUGAUGCUUCAAGUUCAGAAAGGUUUUUCAAUAAUCAGACAGUAAAGAUAACUGCCAACACAGUAAACGAAAAGUCUGCAUCAAAAGGACACGUAAAGAAGUACUUAAAGCAGCACGACGACAAUACGCCGUCAAAGAAAAUUAGUACAGAAACGAAUAAGCACAAAGCGAUUUCUAUUAACAAAACCAAUGACAAGAGAAUAGUUGCCCAGAAACAAAAAAAGACAAAGAAAGAUUCCGUACAAUCCCAUCAGAAGGAACAAUUAAAACCAUCUCAUUUGAUUAUGAAGCAACAAAACGGCCCUAUACUUCCACCCGGAAGCCCUCUAAAAGUGAUUCGAGCCAAAAUUACAGAAGAAGUUAACAGUAGACUUGUGCAAGCCGGCGUGGACCCGCUCAAGAGUAAACUAAGCCAGAAUCUUUUUCAUAAACAGAAAGCACAAUUACAACAGCAAUUAGAAAUAAAAACGAAGAAAUAUCCUGCUUAUGAACAAGUAAGAUACACUAUUAUGGCAUAUUUGGAUUCAGAUGCUUCUGGUAAAAAUGGAGAUGUUAUGUCAGAAAACAAUAUGCCGGCUACUAAUGAUUUGACUAAAGCAUUCAGUCUUAGCUCGAUGAUAUCAAAUGUUAAAAGCAAGGCUUUAUCUUUAGUUAAAAACAAAGAGGUAAAAACCAAGAGUAAAUACAAAAGCUCAAAGUCUGAAUUUACUAAAAAAGCCCUGAGAUUGCUCAAGACUCCACCUGAAUCCCCAGUAGUUACAAACGUUCCUCACUCGAGCCCACCGGUUUCUGAAGAAGAUGAAAUUUUCGACAGGAGACUCGACUACAAGACGACAACUGAAGAUAAAAAUGUGAAGCCUCGUCUAAUCAAAAGAAAGAAGUUGCCAACUCAAAGUCACUUAGAAAGUGACUCUGAUGAAACUCCACCUAAUACGAAUCCAUCUAUCCCCCAUAGGCCAGCAAGGAGUAUAGACAACUUGAUAAGGUCUCCGGCACGAAGGCCCUCAUCAGCGACUGCAGAUUAUAGUAAUACUAUUCUUAAAUACACUAGUCGUAAUAACGACGUUCAUCUGAUUCGUACUCAAUCAGCGAUAGACAUUCUGGAAUUCGGAGCUGAAGAUAGAGAAAUCAAUAAAAAAGAGCAGAUAACUCCAAGAAAUGACGAUAUUCAAGAGCUUUUGAAAAUUAACAAAGUACCCAAAACUGAAAGUAAUCGUAGCCCUAAACAAACUAAGAGCGUCCUGAAAAAUGCAUCUUCGACAUCGUCACUCAAUAAGAAGAAAGUGAUAUUCGAUAUGGAUGCUAUACAAAUGAAAUCAGUUAGCGCGUCUCCUUCACAAAGCCUAACUGAAAAAAGCGAUGAUAAAUACGAAUUGGGGUUAAUCAACAUCGGAGAUGAUGAAUGGGAUAUAUCUAGCAUCGAAAAUGAACCCAUAAAGAGUGAUACCAAGAUACGCGUGAAUGUCGGACAAAGUCCAAAGAUAGCUGAACUAAAGCAAACUAUAGAAGCUCAAUUAGCACGUCGCAGUGAGACACCUUCCACCGCACUUUUUGGAGGGGUUGACGUAUUAAGAGGGCCUAUGACCAAGUCUUCCAACGUUGGCGGGAGCAACACGAGUCUCGGCAGCUCAAUCUUGGACGAGUCGGACAGUGCCAAAGUAUUGAGCCAAAAAAAUAUAAGCGUAGUAAAACCAAAACAUAACGCUGGAAAAGAUGACAGUGAAUUGGACAUUUCUGAUUUUAGCGUUGAUGGAGUAACUAAUAAGAAUGAAAAAGAUUCUUUUUAGAAUAAUAUUAGGUCAUUACCUAUGAAAUUGGCGUUUUGUUCGGAGAAUUUCAACGAAACACGAAUUUCCAUACAAUUAAUUUUGCGGAUAUUUUUUUGAUGGCUAAUUCAAACCAAACAAAAUUUUUCCAGUAAUUUUUGACACCUUUAAGGUAUGUUUUCAAUAUCUCCAUUUCUUGAAAAUUGGUACCAUUAGAAAAAUAUAAGUAAUUUUAAUACUCGAACCGACAGCACAUGAAAAGACCUAUUUUCAAGGCUUAAUUCUGAACACUUAACAAUAAAAAAUAACAAUUAAUUGUAUGUAAAAUCGUUGUUUAUUGAGUGCACUGUAGUUUUAUUGUAAUUGUGUAUGUACUUUUGUAAAAAAAAAAAAACUAGGAUCAGACUUAUAUCUAUGAACAAAAACGCCAAUUUCAUAGGUAAGGACCUAAUAUUUAAGUUAAUUGUAAUGAAAAGGUACAUUAAAUUUAACUCGCCAUGUUAUACGGGGUGAAAUUUUAACCACCAGCGAUACUCUACGUAGUGACUUUAUAGGUGAUACUGAAGUACUUUUAUUUAUGGAACCAAUGCCGUAAUCGCGAAAAUGGCUAGUGGUUAAAAUUCGAACCUGUAUGUUUGACGCCAUUGUUUGUCUAUGGUUACGUAAUGAGCUCUACAACGGAUGGACCGAUUUCGAUGCGGUUUUUUUUACAUGUACCUAAGCUAGUCUCUGAUAGAAAUCAUUCCAGCAGUUUUAAGAGUAUCAGCUUUUUUCCAAAAUGCUGUAAGGCAUUUUUUGCAUAUAGCGUAGGGGUUUUUAAAUUGUUAGUUAUUUUUGUAAUCGAAUAACAAUAAAACUGGAUGUCUUGACCAAGGCUUGAAUUUAUAGUUCGACAAUGUAUUCUUCCAGUAAACUUUCAAGGGAAGGAACCUAUACGCUAGUUUGAACGGAGACGCGUGUUGGAAAAUAGCUAGGUCCGACGUACGUCGAGGUAUAACUACCUCAGUCCUACAUGUACUGUAAACUACUAUCUAUUUCUAA